CCUGGUUAAGUCAGACCAGAGCAGUGCGAGGAGACCACUGUGCACAGCCCAAUUUUGGAUUUAGCUGUUGAAGCUCCAAAUCUAAGCUCCAAAUGCAGUGAAUCGAAAGUAAACCUUCUCCACAAGUCUACUGCUCCCAGACAUUAUCACAGGACACUAUGCUGUGUUUAGGAGAAUCCCCAGACUGCCUCCGUGACCAGAUGCAGAAUAUGAAAAAGUCCCUGCAUGACCGCAAACAGCUGAAUCGUCCCAGGCCUCUGAGUGAACCGUGUGGCCGAUCCUUCUCUGUGACGAGAUUUUGUAAACAACAACAGCAGAACCAGUCCGCGAGACUUCGAGUUUCUGAGACCAGUGAAUCCAGUACUUAUGACUCUGCGUGCUGUCUGGCCAGUCCACUUGAGGAAGAAGAUGAACAGGAGAACGAAAGAUGGCAACAAGGAUCUCCGGGUAGCGAAAAAAGUGUGGAUUUUGACUCUGGGUUUUCAGAGGAUUCUUGGCACGAUGAAGGAGUUGUGCUGAGAAGAACCAGGAACGUUCGCGUUUCCUCUUCAGCUUGUCUUAGAACAAAUCGUGUGUCUACAAAUGGGAGAAUCCGACCUAAAUCCACAUCAGAUGCUUGUUUGGAAAAGUGGACUGCUUUUGAGUCUGGCAACCCCGAAGACUGGACCACUUCACUGUUGAGUCGCAGCCGGAAUAGACAACCUUUAGUUCUUGGGGACAAUAGUUUUGCUGAUUUGGUGAAAAAUUGGUUGGAUCUUCCAGAGAGCCCAGAGCCAGUCGAACUUAAACAGAAUUCAGGAAGGCGAUUGGCCAAGGACAUCCUCGUGAACAUGCGGAAAAGACUGAAUGUGAUUUCUAAAGGUGUAGACGUGAGGAGCAGACCAGCAGACUGCGUAAAAUCCAGGCAAACCGAAGCAUCCAAAAGACUGUCCUGCCCGGUGGGACUACAGGGACUUAAACCUUUCUUUCACCAGUCACACACAGGACUACACGAGACAGACUCAGACUUCCACAAGUUCACCGCACUAAUGAAGACAGGCAGCCGCCAACCAAUCAUAUGUAACGACAUUAUUGGAUAUAUUUGAGAUGAAGAAGAUGCUGCAUAUUUCACAACUGCCUAUUCUGUUGCCAAAUAAUAAAGCUUUAUUUAAGUGAAUUCA